AAAGUUAUAAGACCUUGCUCUUUCCCUCCAGAAAAUAAAAUUAUUUUUUAUAAUUUUAAAGAGUAAAGCUUCUUUUAUAUAGAGACAUCAUCAUUACAACUCAAGAUGCACUCUGAUCAGCAAAUAGAGAGAGACAGAUCCAACAAAAAGAAAACUCAACUUUGAUUUUCAUCAUUUAAACCAAAAAAAGGAUGAUGAAGAAGAAGAUGGCUCCUUCCUCUUUUCUCAAUAAACUUCUCAUCAUCAUCCUCUUCAUCUCUCUCUCCUCUCUUUCUUCUCUCUCUUCCUCUCUACCUUCUACUCCAACCAUUUCUCCUCCCUUCCAAGAGCUUUCGCCGGAGAUCGCUCCUCUCCUCCCUUCACCAGGAGACGCUUUACCUUCCGGCGCCGGCGCCGGUACAAUCCCUUCUUCUCCAAGCCCUCCUGAUCCCGACACUAGCGACGGCUCCUCGUACCCUGACCCGGCUUUUGCUCCCUUCGCUUCUCCGCCGGUUUCUUCUCCUGCUCCACCGUCUCAUCCUCUCACCGGAGUUGUACUCCUCUUUCUCAUUGUCUCAUCCGCCUCGCUAUGGCUCUGUGGCGUUAUAGCACUACUAUAGUUCCACUUCAGUUAUACAUUAAACGAACGUUUUGGGUUUCACGUGUUUGUCCAAAUGUAUAUCAUUCUCGAAUAAACAAAAAAUAUAUAUAACAUUUUUCUUC